AUGGUAGAUUUAUUUAGCAAAUUUCAUUUAAAUAAUGAUAACAUAGUUCCUACAGUAACGGAUAAUGGGUGCAACUUUGUUAAAUUUAAGGACUUUGGCUGUAUAAUAAAGACAUCAAACACUGAUUCAGACACAGACUCCGACGAAGGUAUAUAUUAUACAUACAUUUUUUUAUAAUGGGUCAAUAUAUUUAGAUAUGGACAAAUAUCUUAACUUAGACGAUAAGUUAUCAUUUUUGGUUAUUGAUGGAAAUGAAGACUGAGACAUCCUACAACCAGUACUAUCCCAACAUUUACGUUGUGCAUCACAUACACUUAAUCUAUUAGCAACAACAGAUUUCCAGAAUAUAUUAAAGAAUUAAAAUGCCAAAAAGUACCAUCAUCCAGCAUUAUCAAAAUGUUCAACCUUAUGGAAUUUGUCACGAAG